AUGUGCGGCAUCGGGAUCGCCAUCGCCCCUGCAUCUUCUUCGGCGCACGACCAUGUGUGGCCCACGGUGCUCGAGGCCAUCCGUCGCCGCGGGCCCGACUCGCUCCGCACGCUGCACCACCACUUUACCGCGCGCUCGCAGCCGUACACGCUCUCGCUCGCCUCGAGCGUGCUCUCCCUACGUGGGGUAGGCAUCACGGCGCAGCCGCUUGCGUCGUCCGAUGGACGGCUGCUGCUCGCGUGGAACGGCCAGAUCUUUGACACCGUUGACGGCGCCUCGUCUUCGCGCGUAAGGCUGGAUGCGGGAGAGAACGAUGCGCAAGUGCUGCUCGACCGCAUCACCGCCCUCGUCGCCGCCGGCAGUGGUUGUGAGCAGGCGGUGAAUGCUGCGCUGGCAGAGGUCGAGGCGCCGUAUGCGUUUGCACUGCUCGACACGCACACGUCGACGCUCGUGUUUGCACGCGAUCCGCUCGGACGCAGGUCGCUGCUCCUCCACCGCACUCCGCGCCACGAAGCCAUGACUAUCUGCUCCGUGGCCAGCACGGAGCUGGUCGACUCGAUCGCCAACGACCCGGGCGCUACACUCGACGAGAUCGACUGCGCCAGCAUCUGGUCGAUCGAUCUGCUGCGAUCCCCCACCACCCCGCGUGCGGUGCCUCGCUGCAAGAGCCGGUUUACCGCCCCGCUCGUCCUGCGUGAGCUGCGCGCGGAACAGCACGCAGCGGUAGAUGGCGAGGACUUUGCGGUGGCGCGCGACGGCCUGAUGGCUGUGCUUGCAGACAGCGUUCGGCGGCGCGUGACAAAUAUCGCCACGGACCAGGCGGCGGACGAGGCGCAUGUGGCCGUGCUCUUCUCGGGCGGCCUGGACUGCACCACGCUUGCGCUGCUCGCCCACCGCUACGUCCCCGCACACCAACCUAUCGACCUGCUCAACGUCGGCUUCGAAAACCCCCGUGCCCUUGCGGCAGCCCGCAACGAGCGCGACCGUAAACUUCGCGCCAAGACCGAACCCAAGCGCAGCAAAAAGCACCAGCCGCCCAGUAUCUCACUCCACGAUGGAGUCGAGAGCACGGUCGAGGUGGGUGGGGAAGAGGAUAUCUAUGCUGUUCCUGACCGUCUUACCGGUCUUGCGUCGUACGCCGAAUUGCUGCAACUAGCACCGCUGCGGCGGUGGAACUUUGUUGCGAUCAACAUCCCCUACUCCGACUACACGCGGUACCGCUCCGAAGUGGCGACGCUUAUGGCUCCAACGUCGAGUGUUAUGGACCUGAGUAUCGGGUGUGCGUUGUACUUUGCUUCGCGCGGUAGCGGUCUUCUCCACGGUACACCCUACACCACCCCCGCGCGAGUUCUGCUCUCGGGCCUGGGAGCCGACGAACUACUCGGCGGGUAUUCUCGACACCGCAACGCGCUCUCUACAAGCCUUGCUGCACUGGUGGAUGAGCUGCAGAUGGAUUUGGAUCGGUUGCCCACUCGCAACCUCGGCCGGGACGAUCGAGUCAUCUCGACCCAUGCAAGAGAGGCACGAUACCCCUUCCUCGACCGCAGCGUGCUCGAAUUCCUCACCUCAACACCCACCACCACCAAGAUCAACACAGAGCUGUUGGCCAGUAAUCAACGCGGCGACAAGUUCCUCCUACGCAUGCUGGCCGAGAGCUUGGGGUUGGUGGAAGCAAGUCGGCUAGCGAAGCGAGCCAUGCAGUUCGGCACCCGUGCUGCCAAGAUCGAUCCGGACUCAGGCGCCAUCAAAGGCCACCACAAGGCCUAA